AUGAAAAUGAAGUUGAACAAAUGCAUGUUCGAGUCACAGUAUAAACAUGGCCAAUGCAGUCAUUAUAAAACUGAUUACAAGAAGUCACAUGCUUUCCAGGAAAAAUGCAUCAUUGUGACUUGCAUGAAAAGGAAAACGUUGGUAUGUGCUUCCAGUUUCGUUUCUGCAUCUGAUAUAAACAGGGCUUUUACAUCCUGUGUCAAUGUUCCUGAAGACCUGCAGAGGACAAGGAGCAGAGAGACUAAACUUCUUCAGCAGGGACUCUAUCAGAAACCUCAGAGAUGUCCUCCGAGAAGAGCGUGCCAGGUGAGGGGACUCGAGAGGCUGAACUCCAGGUAGAAAUGAAGAAAACGCAGGUUAGCCAAAUCCCUCACUUUCCUGAGAACAGCAGAGAAGUGACCAGCUCAGAGAGAACUCUGGAUGCUACACCCAUCAUCCCAAAUCCUCAAGACCAGGACAGCCCUGAGGGUCCAGCAGACACGUCACCAGUCACCUCUACUGCUCCUGGACCAAACACCCCUGAGAUUGCUGAAGACACUGCACCUGCCACCACUGCUCAAGAUCACAAUACUCAUGAAAUUGCAGAAGAUGAGUCACCUGUCACCUCCAGUGAUCUAGCAGGAGACACGUCAGUCAUGGGUCCAUCACAUACAUCACCUGACAUCUCCACUCCUCCGGAAUCUACAGUUCCAGAGGAUCCAGCAAACAGUCCAUCCACUACCCCAGCAUCUGUGUCUCCUCCUGGAGAGAUAAAGAUAGACUCAGUGGAAAUCGACUCUGUUUCUCUGAGCUGGGGCAGUCCUGACAAUAUGGAUGGGAUCCCACACAGCUUUUACAUUACCUACUCUAGCUCUGAUAAGAGUCACCAAAACUCCAUCACUGAAACCUCCAAUUCCACUGUCAUCUCUGAGCUGAGAUCUGGGAGAGAGUACAGCUUCACAGUCACCACAGUGCUGGAGAAUGGGACCCAGAGCACGCCUGUUUCAACAUCUGUCUGGACAAAAACACAUCUAGAAGAUUUGCUGUGCAUGCUGGGACUGGAGAACUGCUUCCCAGGCAAGAUUACGUUGAGUACUGUCCUUGAGAUCGGUACAGAGAGUAUUACAGAUGAACCGAUUCAGUCACUGAAAAAACUCCCCUGGUGCUUUCUGAAAAGUCUCAUGAUGGUAAAUGUGACAGCUCGGAGUACCAAGUGCAGUGCUGCUGAGACAGAUACAGACUCUGCAUUGCAAGACCUUGAUAGUGAUCUUGAACUUAUAGCUAGUAAUGAUGAUCAAGACACAAAUAUAAUCAAUCCACUUGAUCUCUUAGUAGCACUCUUUCGGUGCUCAGACAGGUUCCUGCAGCAGGAAAUUAUGUCAAAAAUGUCGAUGUGCCAGUUUGCUGUACCUCUCUUGCUCCCUGACUGCAGCACCAGUCAGUGUACAUUAAUGCUGUGGGCCAUGCGAGACAUUGUGAAGAAGUUUAGACCCCGUUCAUUAGCCAACUCAAAAGGGUUUGUAGAAGACAGUAUAGUCAGCACUGCCAUGCCAAUGAUCUCUUUUGUCAGGCUGGGUGACUGCAGUUUAUCAAAGUCUCAGAUUCUGAAUCAGGUUCUCAGUAACCCCCAGCAGUACCAUGAUUUCUUUAUCCAUCGUGACAUGGAAUGUGGAAAUGUUCCACGGAGAAUUUCAAACGGUCUAGUGGAAGUAGGUUGGUACCUUCCUUGUGGAAAGAAAAACUUGGACAUCAUUCCAGAACCUGUAGCUGUUGCCAACCUUCGUGGAGAUCUCCUUUCCUUUCAGAAUCAGUUUUCCAUUUUAUGUCAGACAUCCUCGGCAGUCUUCAUAUUUUUUGACAGUAUUGCGGACAGCGAGUGCAAUCUCUUGUCCUCUGCAGGAAAUAUUAAAGCCCAAUUGUAUUUGGUUGCAAAUUCUCAGAGUGUGUUACACCAAAAUGUAAUACCUCUAAAAAACUUGGCUUCAAAAUUAAAAUUAAGUAGAAGUCAUAUUCUAUUGAAGAAUAAGCAGACCAAUGAUGCAGGGUUUGUGUCAAAACUGCGCUUAACUAUGAAUGACAUCAUGGAAAACUGUCAACACAAAAUGACCAUUGAAGGCAUGUCUGCUGAAGCACAUGAAUUGGGGAUUCCUGUAGAUGAAGACUGCACUAAAUGUCAGAACGCUAAGAGAAGUGCUGCAGAAAUCACAUCUAGAAUCGACGAUGUGGUGCGAUAUAAAGAGGAUCAGUUGCCAUUGCAAGGGAAGCUUUGGAAGGAGCUGGCUAAAAUAGAAAAGGAGGAGUGCAGACUACGGAAGGCAGGAAGCAAGCCUAUUGAAGAAUAUAAAGCCAAUCUGCAAAGAGAAAAACAGAAACUGAGACAACAGCAAAGCAGUAAAAAUAUAUCUGAAGCAAUGGUAUGUUUCAUUACUGCCAUAUCCAAUGAAAGCAAAGAAGAACGAUCCUAUUUUCUAAAGUGGAUGAGGAUGAACUUGGAUGUUACGGCACGAAAGAAACUUUCCGGUCUUCGUGAUGAAUACAAAGAAAACUGUUGCAAGUUCUCAGAGAACAAAGAGAUAAUUGCAGCCCUGGAUAGACAAAUAUCAAACAGCUCUUUAGGAAUUGAACAUUUCAUGCGUGAGAUGGGACAGCUUUAUGAAGCAGCGUGCUUCCUUCCCGUCGAUGCUGAAUCUCGCCAGCAGUUUAAACAUCUUCCCAGUUUGGGAGCAGAUCUGCUGUUGGAUGGCUUCCCUCUUGAGCUGGUGGAUGGAGAUGCAUCAAAUAUCCCUGUAACGUGGGUGACUGAUGUUCUAACUGAGCUCCAUGAAAAAGUCCAACCCAAGAGCAGGCUGCUGGUUGUAACAGUGCUGGGAGUCCAAAGCACUGGGAAGUCUACCCUCCUCAACACAAUGUUUGGGGUUCAGUUUGCAGUUAGCAGUGGCAGAUGCACGAGAGGAGCCUUCAUGCUGUUAAUCAGAGUCAAAGAGGAUCUUAAACAAGAGCUGAACUGUGAUUUUAUCUUGGUAAUCGACACUGAAGGUCUCAAAUCUCCAGAACUGGCACAACUAGAAGACAGCUACGAACAUGACAAUGAGCUUGCAACACUGGUUGUAGGUUUGAGUGACGUCACCAUAAUAAACAUUGCAAUGGAGAACUCCACAGAGAUGAAGGAUAUCCUGCAGAUCGUGGUGCACGCCUUUCUUAGAAUGAAGGAAGUGGGGAAGAAACCAAACUGUCAGUUUGUGCACCAGAAUGUGGGGGACGUGUCUGCUCAUGACAACAAUGCAAGGGACAGGAAAAAGCUUUUAGAACAGCUGAAUGAGAUGACACAGGCAGCUGCCAGGAUGGAGAAGAAGGAUACUGACAGAAAAUUCACUGAUAUAAUGGAGUAUGAUCCAGAGAAAAAUAACUGGUACAUCCCUGGCCUGUGGCACGGUAAUCCUCCAAUGGCUCCAGUGAACACCGGCUACAGUGAGACUGUGUAUGACUUCAAGAAGAGCUUGAUUGAGGUUUUGAAAAACACCAACAAGGAAAAACCUCCGGCACCAGUUACAGAGUUCCUGGAGUGGACGAGAAGUUUGUGGAAAGCUGUUAAAUAUGAGAACUUCAUCUUCAGCUUCAGAAACAGCCUAGUGGCUGAGGCUUACAGUAACCUGUGUAUUGAAUAUGGUAAAUGGGAAUGGGACUUCCAAAAGCACAUGUACAACUGGCUGGCAACUGCUGAGACAAGGAUUUCAAAUACCAAUGAGCAGUCCUCAAACCUUGAUGAGUUUCUCAGAAGCUUACAAGAAGAGCUGGAUUCACAAGAAAUUACAUAUCUGGAGAAAUUGACAAAAUACUACGACAGUAAGGAGGGACAUGUUAAUCUUGUAGAAAGCUACAGAGCCACCUUUGAGAGAAGCAUUAAAACUCUUAGGAUUGAAACUGAAAACUCUGUGACAAACAAGUUGACAGCAGCGAUUGAUUUUCAAAAGGGAAUGAAGAAGGUACAUGAUGUCAAUGGGAAGCAUAAAGCAAUAUUAGAAGACAAAGUGUUGAAACUGCUAGGAGACUGCAGGGAACGAAAUGAGGAUUUAUCUGAGGAGCAGCUGAAACAGGAAUUUGAAAAGAUGUGGGAGGAGACAGUGAAGAGACUGGACUUUAAAGGUUUAGAGAAGCAAGAGGUUGUAUUCAAUGUUUAUAAUCAAUUGAGAAAACAAUUAGAAAGACAUGGAGGUGGAGUUAAGAUGGUGUUAAAUCAGGCCAGCAGUUUGACUAAAUAUGGAAAAAAACAGUUUAAUGUAACUGAUAAACACAUUGAUCGCGCAUGGUACACUAACCGCUUCACUGAUCGCAUGGGCCUGUCAACAAACCCCAAAGAGCAAGCAGAGGCGAUGGUGAAAUCUAUAACAGGACAGUGCACAGAGUUUGUAUCACACAAAAAAAAGAGUAAAACUGACUACCAUGAGACCUACACCAGAGAGCUGUUAGAAAUGGUAGAUGGUCAGCUGAAGGAAAUUGAGAAGCUGCAGACCAACGCCCAGUUUGAGGUUGAUCUGAAGCUGCACAUCUGUGGGUUUGCUGCCAGGGAAUUCCAGCAGAUGCACGAAGAUUUCAUUGAAGACAACAACCCCCGGAAACAUCUGGAAAAGUCCAAAUCACGAUACUGUUCUGACUUCAUAGAUCUUUACCAUGAGAAGGACCAGAGCCGAAAGAAGGCUGAAGAAUUCACCAAGCGCUGCCUCAAGCCUGCAGUGAGGGAUUAUGUCAACAAAGCCCUUGGUUUAGAUAUUGUGGAUGAAAUGCUGACUGGUGCAGACUCUGUGAAAUACAGCACCCGGUCAUAUUUCCAGCAUUCCAUUCUGAAGCAGUUACUGAAAGACAAUAAAUGUGAAAACUAUGUGUCUUACAUGAUAUACUAUGCUGGUUUUGUCAAGAAGUGGAUAUAUGAUUGUAUUCUUGAGGAGUUUUUGAAAGACAAUGCCUUUUCAGGUUUAGAAAAGAAACGUCUGGAAACCAUAACCAGGAAAAUAGAAGCAGCCAUUAAAAAGGAGGAAAAAGAGGAAACCAUAUCGGGGUUUGUUGAAAAUGUCUGCAAUAUUCUGAGCAGCGAUAUUGUGAUUUCCACUGACGAUCUUGGAUUAAAACUUAUCCAAGACAAAGCCAGCGUGAAGGAGUUCGUUGGACAUCUUCAAUAUUACCUUGAACAAAUGAAGACAUCUCUAAGUGACGAAUUCUCUCAAAGCUGUGAUGUUGAGAAUAAACUUAUGAAGCUACCCUUCAAGCCGCAGGACGAGCUGUUCAAGAGGGUGUUUGGCUGUGGAAAGCAGUGUCCGUUCUGUAAGGUCCCCUGUGAGGCAGGAGGCAAGGACCACAAACAACACCACGCAUCCGUGCAUCGACCACAAGGGCUGGGUAUGUACAGAUAUGACGGAUCUGAGAAACUAGUCGAAACGAUAUGUACAACUGAUGUGCACAGUGAAAAUAAAUUUAAGAAUAGUGACACAAAGUGGGUGUGGCAUCCCUAUAAAGACUAUCGGAGAUUCUACCCUGACUGGCACAUUGCCCCCGAUGCCAGUAUUGAAGCCUCUGACUACUGGAAGUACAUCCUGACUGCAUUUAAUGAACAAUUUGCAAAGGAGUAUAAUGCAAAGCCUGCUGAUAUCCCUGCGCAAUGGAAAAACAUAACAAAGGAUCAAGCACUGAAGAGUAUAAAUGAGGUGUUUAACAUGAAGUAAAUAAAAUCUAAAAAGGAAUCACCAAAAUCCUCUCGAAUGUCGCGCUGGAACAGCAGCUGAAUCAGAGAACAAGUUUCAGGACUGAUGAAGCAAGUGAUUAGAGCAGGGGGGUCAAACUCAGCUCCUGGGGGGACCUCAGGGUCUUCUGACUUUCGUCAGAAGCUCUCAGUUACUCAACUGGUCUAAUUAUUUGAUUAAUUGGACACAUUUAACACUUCUCUCUCCAGGCCUCCAAAUGUUUUACAGGUCAUUUACCUUGAAUUAAGUGCAUUUUUGAAAGACGUUGAAAAAAUAUGAAACAUGUCCAAUUCAAAAAAUAACAAAGUUAAUUGAGAGAUUAAAUUGGACAUUGAUUGUGCUUUGUAGGAUUUGUUGGUAAUAAUGAAAGCUAUUCUUUUAAUGCAUCAUAUAUUCUAUACUCUGAAUGUCGUUAACAUUUUAAUACAGUAGAUAAUCAUUUUACUUAUAGCUGUAGCCUAAUUCUGGUGGUGAUUUUGCAUGCUGGACACCGAGAUAUUUUUUCUGUUACUGUUUUGCUAAUUAAAUAAGGUGAGUGAUUCAUGUUAACCAACUUGAUGAUGCGCUGAAUAUGUUGGGUUUUUUUUUUCUGUGUGAAAUGAAUCAUUAGAUAAACAUUGUUUCUGUGCUUCCUGCUCCUAUAACGUUAUGCUCACGCUUUCAAACUCCUUUCAAUAUAUUGCAUUUCAAAAUAAAGUUAAACUUC